AUGUCUAGUCCAGAAUCGCAGCGCACAAGAGCCAUCUCAAUUGCAACCGCAUUUAUGACCACAGGAAUGAUCGCGGGCCCUGGUGUUCAUCUUGGCCCAGUGUACAUGAAUAUGUACACAGUACCUUCAAUAAUUCUCAUGAUCGCGUUCAUGACGUCAUUCGCUUUGAUUCUAACGUCUUUUUACGAAUAUGUGGAAUACAAAGAACUGGAGGAACACAGUAAUGCAGCAGAGAAAACGAAGAUGCAGUGUCGUGUAUCGGCAUUUGUUGUUGCAGGGAGUCGCUUCGAUGUGGUUCCGAAAUUCAAUGUAUAUGCAACCAUGAUUCUGUGCUUUUGCUGGUUUAGCACUUUCUUCACCGUAACGAACAUGGAAACACUGAGCAGCCCAUACGCAAUGAUAAUAUUCAACUGGACCAGAAAACAAACAACCGUUUAUACUAGUCUACUGAUGGGCAUCUCAGCGAUGUUCUCUAUUCUGAUGUACAGUUUCUACAUAUGGAAAGGAAACAAGUUCAGUUCGCUUAUUUUUUAUAAACAGUUUAAAUUAGUUUAUUUAUGCAGAAUUGAAAAUCGGAAGUCGAUAAUUUUCGGAAUCUGCAUGCAGCUGAUAUACUUUUUGCUCACUUAUCCUUAUCCUACGUGGAAAUCAAGGAUUCACUAUUUCAAGAAGGCAGGUAUUAUUGAUUAA